AUGGGAACAACAAAUGAUGUGAUUGUAGUGCCUGCAUCUAUAUCUAAUCCAAAUAGUUUCAAAAAGAGGAACAGGAAAAAGCGUGCUGCAAAAGCAACAACACCUGACAGGAACAUGUCAGAGUUCAUUAUAGAUGGUUACAUUGAAGAUUUCCACAAUGAUCAUCUGAAGAAGAACAGAUUUAAACAAGCAAUUAAUGGCAUUGUUGUCGAAAUUGGGCGUUACUCUGUAACAUAUGACAAUUUCGUGAAUUCAUUCAAAGCUCAUGGUGAUGUGACGUGUGACACUAUGUCAGUGUAUGCUCAAAUAUACAAUGAUGAAGCUUCACAUGAUGCAUUGUCAAAACCUUUUUUGAAGAAAUUCACGUUUGCCCCUGCUAUCUCUGAAAUGUUAAUGAAAGAUCCGAGUGAGUUUGACAAGAAGUUUGUCAUACUAGAGUUCAAUUGGAUAAUGAACUACUUAGGUUUCGACCUUUCAUCAAUGGAUAUUCUUCAUUUUCCAAGUGUUUGGUCCACGAAUUGGGUUCUAAUUGCUGUCAACCCACUGUAUGAAACAAUUAAUUUCUUCGAUGCAACUUCUUUAACCAGUGCAGAAGAUCAACAGAUUUUGAUGAAUAACCUGGCUAUUAAUCUCAAUACUUUUUGUAAGGAACUCAAGAUCUUUGCGAAGGAUAUUGGUAGCUUCAAGAAACCAAAGAGCCCAAGUUAUACUGCAGAUACACAACUGAAUGAUGAUGGAAUUUGCAUCAUGCUUUAUGCAGAAAAUUGGACUGGAAAGUUCAUGAAAAAUUUCACCAAGGAAAUCAUUCCAGAGUAUUGGAAGAUGAAAGGAUAUGACAUGUUCUAUUAUAUCCAGAACAAAGUUGCUGUUCAGCAUUUUAAAAAAAGAAAGAAAAGGAAAUUUUAG